AUGGAGACUUAUGAAAUUACUUUUGAAGAAAAAACCUCUUUAUAUUAUAGUAGUCAAGAAAUAUUUUCAGAAGAAACUGAAGAAGAUCUUGACACUUCUUUUAACGAACUUUCUGAGUUAAAAUUAUUUGAAUUUAAUGAAAAAAAUUAUAUUAAUGUGCAAAAUGCACUAGAACAAGAAGUUGUGAAAUAUUUAAGUGAUGAAAACGAAGAAGAAUUUGGUACAUAUGAAGACCAAGAAGUUCCUCCACCUCCUGUUGAAGAUGCAAACAAACCUGUAUAUAGACUUAAUCCAGCCAUGUAUACAAAUUUUUCACCAUGUAUUCUAGUUGAUUAUUUAGAUAAUAAAUUGCAAACUUGUGGUCAAACUAAAAAUGUUAGGAAUUUAUGCCAAUUAGUUGGAGUUUGGCAAAUAGAUGUAGUAUCAGAAUACCAGUCAAAAGGAAUACCCCGUGGAAUUGGAUGUAAAGAUCAUUUAUGGAAAAUGUGGGGAAAAUAUAUCCAAAUUCCAUGUGUUGGUCUCUAUACAUGUAAUGCAGUAUACGAAUGCCAAGGUUUUGGACUGAAACUUAAUAUUAAAGACAGGUUUCAGACUGAAACUUGGAAUUCAAAACAGCAAAUUUUUGAUGAUGUUUCAACAAUUCGAUAUAUUUGUUAUAAUUGUUAUGAAUCUUAUGGUGGGCAUUUAAACCGUCAACCUAGUUCUGGCAAACGAAAAACAACUUGUGAACAACAUAAAUUGCAUAAAGAAGAUACAUCCAAAAGUUUAAAAUUAUUGGCUCAGUGGCUUACGUAUGUAGUAGAUACUGAAACAGAAGAAAAAAAAGAAAUAAUUCUUGCUUCUAUGUUAGUUCCAGCUUUAAAAUUUUUAUAUACUCCAUCUGAAACACCCUUAAAGUAUGAAUAUUAUAAUCCUAAAGAUAAUACACAUUAUUUAAAUCUUGAUGAAUUUAAUAAUACAAAUAAUAUUGAUGAUUCAAUUAAAUUUUUAAUUGAAAUUUUACCUAAAUUGCCCAAUAAAAAAUCAGAAAUACAAUUACCAAUUUCUCUUAAUGCAUAUUAUAAAAGUUUUCCAAAUUUUCUAAGAGGGUUUUUUGAUGGGCUUAUUGAUGUUGAAUAUAUUAUCAAAUGUGUAACAUUUUUUGCUUCACUUAUAAUAAGUAUGGCAUUUCUUAUCUUGGUGUUUAGUUUACUCAGUGGUCAUACUGAUAGUAAUAGUAAUGAACACCGAAUAGAGAAAUAA